UUGUGCAAAACGACAGCCAGCCAGCUCUGAGUCUCUUUUUACCCAAGCGACGUCGUUUUCAAGACUAAAAUAAAUAAAAAAACUAGGGUUUAUACUUCAUUAUCCCCAAUCCAUCCGCCCCCAAAUCUAACCUCGCCGAUUUCCGAUCUCAACAAUAUCUUCUCAUCUAGUGGUUUCUGUCACGUAAAUAAAAUAUUUUCCCUUGGCUGAAAUAACUAUGCAACCCACUGGGGGAAGGGACAGCCAACCUUUUGACAUUAAUAAUCAGAAGAUCCAUCCCCAACCUAUGGAAGAGUCAACAAAUCAGAAUCCAGAAGCGGUAGAAUCGAUGAUAUCUAAGAUUUUUACUAACAUUUCCUCUUUAAAGUCUGCUUACAUCCAACUCCAAGCUGCUCAUACACCCUAUGACCCUGAUAAAAUUCAAGCCGCUGACAAGCUUGUAAUUGCUAAGCUUAAGGAUCUCUCCGAGCUUAAACAUUUUUACAGGGAGAACAACCCAAAACCACUAUGUGUUUCCCCUCAGGACUCGCGCUUAGCUGCAGAGAUUCAAGAACAGCAGAGCUUGUUAAAAACAUACGAGGUAAUGGUAAAGAAGUUUCAGUCUGAAAUUCGCAACAAAGAUUCUGAAAUCACUCAGGUUCAGCAACAGAUAUCUGAGGCAAAUCAGAGGCGGACAAAACUGGAAAAAAAUCUUAAACUUAGGGGUUUGUCAGCCAAUGAAUCGGAAGGGAUGGGCAUGCAAAGUGAUUUCGGAUCACUUGAGUUGACUGUCGAUCUUUUCAGUUCAGCUGUAGAAGCUGCUUCCAAAGCGAUUCAUGAUUUUUCAAAGCCAUUGAUUAACAUGAUGAAAGCUGCUGGGUGGGACCUUGAUGCUGCAGCGAAUGCUAUUGAACCUAAUGUAGUUUAUGCGAAAAGGGCUCAUAAAAAAUAUACAUUUGAAUCCCAUAUUUGCCAAAAAAUGUUUACUGGCUUUCAGCAGGAAAGUUUCUCACUGAUAAUUGAGGACCGUAUGGCCACUGAAGAAAGCUUCUUCCACCAGUAUCUCGCCCUAAGAGAAGUGGAUCCGCUAGAUUCUGUUUGUCAAAAUCCAGAUUCUGAUUUUGGAAAAUUUUGUCGGAGCAAGUACCUAGUUGUUGUUCACCCAAAGAUGGAAGCUUCUUUUUUUGGGAACUUGGAUCAGCGGAACCAUGUGACUGACGGAGGACAUCCUAGGACACCUUUUUACCUGGCAUUUUUAAAAUUGGCCAAGUCAAUCUGGCUUUUGCACAGGUUGGCUUAUUCAUAUGAUCCUGCAGUGAAAAUUUUCCAGGUGAAAAAAGAAUGUGAAUAUUCAGAGACAUAUAUGAAAAGUGUUGUAAAUAAUUUCUCCACCGAUGAAAACGAUCCGAAGCCUAGGGUUGGGCUGAUGGUCAUGCCUGGUUUCUGGAUUGAUGGCCAUUUGAUCCACUGCCAAGUCUAUCUAACAGGUGUAAAAUUUGCUGAAUGACAGACAUGUCUAUGGACUUGUAAGUGAUGUGUGUAUUUAUCUGUAUGUUAGAUUUGUGAUAACUGUAUUUGUAUGUAGUUGUGGGAUCAUCACAUUGUGUCUUUGUGAUGCGUUCUCUGAAAUAUAUUGCGGUGGUAUUGUUGAAUUACAUAAUUUGUGUUCUUUAA